GCCGCCCUGAGCAUCCGCUGCCCGGGGCUCCGGCCAUGGAGACGCUGAACGGCCCCACGGGCGUCCCGGAGCCCAAGCCGCAGCCUCCCGGCCAGCAGCAGCACCACCGCCACCACCACCACCUGCACCCGCUGGCCGAGCGGAGGCGGCCGCACCGAGCGCCCUCGCCUGCCAGACCCUACCUCAAGGACCUGCCCGGACGGCCCGCGGCCGCCAGCACCCAUGCUUCCUCCGGCCGAGCCUCGGCGCCCGCCGCCCCGCGUUCGCCCAACCUCGCGGGCAAGGCGCCGUCCUCGCCCGGGCCCCCGGCCGCUCAGGGCCGCCUCUCCAGGCGCAGCGUUGGCGCUCCGGGCGCGAAGGACAAGCCGCCCCCGGGCGCCGGCGCCAGCGCCAGGGCAGCGGGGGGCACCAAGGCCGCUCCGGGCCCCAGGAAGGCGGCGCGCGCUGCGGCCAACGCCGAGCCGCUGUCCCGGGCGGGGAAGCCACCCGCCGCGCCGCCGCCGCCCGGGCUCGAGCUCGCCUCCGCCGCUGCCAAGGGCCGGAAAGCCAAACGGGGCGGCUCCGGGGCUCCGGGACUCCGCGCCGCAGCCGCUCCGGCUCCCGUCGCCAGGGUCCCUGCCGUGGUCCUCGCCGUCCCCUCGGCGCUCGGCUCCCCGGCGCCCGGCGCGCGCAUCAGCCACACGGACAGCAGCUCCGACCUCUCCGACUGCCCCUCCGAGCCGCUGUCGGACGAGCAGCGCCUCCUCCCCGCCGCCAGCAGCGACGCCGAGUCGGGGACGGGCUCCAGCGACCGGGAACCCCCGAGGGGACCCGCCUGCUUGAGCACCGCCGUGCUGGGAGCCCUCCCCGGCAGCCCCGAGCGCCCCUCGCUUCUCGCCGCGCCCCCCUUCCCCGCCUGCGUCUGUGCCGGCGUUUGGAGCAGCCUUGCUGGGGUCCCCUCCGGGCCCGGAGGGGCGGAGGAUGCCGAGGCCCGCGAACCCUCGGAGCGAUUGGGGCCGGGACCCCCGAAAGAGCCCAGUGCGAACGUGCAGCCCCGGCUAGUGCCGGCGGCCGAGGAGGAGGAACUGCUGCGGGAGAUGGAGGAGCUGCGCUCCGAGAACGACUAUCUCAAGGAUGAGCUGGAUGAACUUCGUGCUGAAAUGGAAGAGAUGAGGGACAGUUACCUGGAGGAAGAUGUUUACCAGCUGCAGGAGCUGCGUCGUGAACUGGACCGUGCUAAUAAGAACUGCCGAAUCCUGCAGUACCGCCUAAGGAAAGCAGAGCAGAAAAGCUUGAAAGUGGCCGAGACUGGACAGGUGGAUGGAGAGCUUAUUCGUAGCCUGGAGCAGGACCUGAAGGUAGCCAAGGAUGUUUCUGUCCGAUUGCACCAUGAACUUGAAACUGUGGAGGAAAAGCGUGCUAAAGCUGAAGAUGAAAACGAAACUCUCCGACAGCAGAUGAUUGAAGUGGAAAUAUCCAAACAGGCCCUCCAGAAUGAGUUGGAGAGACUAAAAGAGAGUUCCAUGAAAAGAAGAGGCAGCCGGGAAGUGUAUAAAGACAAGAAAACCUUCAAUCAGGAUGACAGUGCCGAUUUGAAGUGCCAGCUUCAGUUUGCCAAAGAGGAAGGUUCCCUGAUGCGCAAAAAGAUGGCCAAACUGGGGAAGGAGAAGGACGAGCUGGAACAGGAACUCCAGAAGUACAAGGCCCUCUAUGGGGAUGUGGACAGUCCACUGCCCACCGGCGAAGCAGGUGGGCCCCCAAGCACCAGGGAAGCCGAGCUGAAGUUGCGGCUGAAGUUGGUGGAGGAAGAAGCCAACAUCUUGGGCCGGAAGAUUGUGGAGUUGGAGGUGGAAAAUCGAGGCCUCAAAGCUGAGAUGGAGGACCUGCGAGGUCAGUAUGAAUGUGAAGGGCAUGGCCGGGAGCACAUGGCAAGUAUUCCUACCUCACCCUUUGGGGACUCCCUGGAGUCCUCCGCAGAGCUCCGUCGACACCUGCAGUUCAUGGAGGAAGAGGCUGAACUGCUCCGGAGAUCCAUAGCAGAGAUCGAAGAUCACAAUCGACAAUUGACCCACGAGCUGAGCAAGUUUAAAUUUGGUCCAGAGCCGGGCUGGCUGGGAGACAGCUUGGGCAAGGGCUCUGGGGUGGCACCCCUUCAGGAGGAGUUGAAGUCAGCUCACCUGCAGAUCAACGAACUCAGUGGAAAGGUGCUGAAGCUGCAGUAUGAGAACCGGGUGCUGCUGUCCAAUGUCCAGCGCUAUGACCUGGCGGCACACCUGGGCCUGCACGGCCCCAGUCCCCGGGACAGCGAUGCAGACAGUGAUGCUGGCAAGAAGGAGAGUGAUGGAGAGGAAGGCCGGGUGCCCCAGCCCAAGCGGGAAGGUCCUAUUGGUGGCGAGAGUGACUCAGAGGAGAUGUUAGAGAAGACAUCAGGGUUCAGCAGUGGCAAGCCAUCGGAGACCAGUGAGCCAUGUUCCAUGGAGCUCCUGAGGGCCAGGGAGGACUCCGAGCGCUUUGUGAGCAUCAAGCAUGAGGCUGAGCGGCUCGAGCGGAGUGUGGAGCGGCUCAUCACAGACACCGACGGGUUUAAUACUGAUGUGGGGCUUCAGGGCAAUGACACCCCCUCACCAGGGCCUGAUGCCCAUGGGGAAGGGGGCCAGGGUGAGGGGAACAAGAGUGAACCCCAGCUGCUUGGGACCAUCAACUCGAGGAUGAAGGCCUUCAGGAAAGAGCUCCGAGCCUUCUUGGAGCAAGUGAACCGGAUUGGGGAUGGUCUAUCCCCUCUGCCCCAGCUUACAGAAUCCUCCAGCUUUCUCUCCACCAUGACCUCGGUGUCCCGGGACUCUCCCAUCGGGAACCUAGGGAAGGAGCUGGUCCCGGACUUGCAGUCCAAACUGAGAGAUCAGCUGGAGUGGCAGCUGGCUUCAGAGCGAGGGGAUGAGCACCUGCAUCUGCGCGCCGCCUGGGAGCUGCACCGACGAGCUGAUGGGGAUUCUGGGAACUUCCGGCCAGGAGGCCAGAGCUGCUUUAGCCUAGAGAUGGAGGAGCACCUCUAUGCUCUGAAGUGGAAAGAAUUGGAAAUGCACAGCCUAGCUCUGCAGAGCACCCUCCACGAGCGAAGCUGGAGUGAUGAGAAGAAUCUGAUGCAACAAGAGCUCCGAUUCCUGAAGCAGAACAUCUUCCUUUUCUAUGUCAAACUCAGGUGGCUGCUAAAACAUUGGCGGCAAGGGAAAAGGAUGGAGGAUGAAGAAAAUUUGAAUGAGGGUGAGCAUCCAGAAACCAUUCCCAGGCUUUGGGAAGGAAGAGUUCAGGGGGACCACAAGGGGGAUGUUCCAGACCAAAAGGAUGAUGAUCCAGGCCUUGGAUUUCCAGGAGGGGAUCCUUCUCCUCACUACCCUGUACAGAUGGGUGAACACGGGUUACGGCUGCAGCCUGCAAUUGGGGGACAACUCCAUGGACAGAUGGUGGAAAGCCAGCAGCUGUUCAGCGCACUCGGGACCUUACUGGAGGAGUUGCGGACAGAACUGCGGGAGGACGAGCAUGCCCGGCUGAAACUGCAGCAGCAAUACGCCAAUGACAAGGCAGCCUGGGAUGUGGAGUGGGCCGUGCUCAAGUGCCGCCUGGAACAGCUGGAAGGGAAGACUGAAAAUAACCUGGGGGAACCAAGCUCCACCUUGGACAGUAAAGGAGCAUUCAAGAAAGAGAGAGAGACCCACCAGAAGCUACUGGCUGAUAGUCAUGGUGUGGUCAUGGACCUGCGCUGGCAGAUCCACCACAGUGAGAAGAACUGGAAUCGAGAGAAGGUAGAACUUCUUGACCGCCUCGACAGAGACAGGCAGGAUUGGGAGCAACAAAAGAAGGAACUUUUGUGGAAAAUAGAGCAGUUGCAGAAAGAAAAUAGCCCCCGGAGAAGUGGCACUUUCCUCUGUGACCAAAAAGAGGGCAACAUUCGCCCCUUUGCCCAACCAGGAAGUCCCCAAGUGCCCCAACCCAUGACAAUGUGGUCAUGUGCAGAUGCUGACUCCACCACAUUCGAAGACCAUCCCCUGUCCAAGCUGAAGGAAUCGGACAGAUGCUCUGCCCGGGAGAACCUCUACCUAGAUGCCCUUUCGUUGGAUGACGAUGAGCCAGAGCAGCUACCAGUGCGAGCACCGCACAUGGAGUUCAGGAACUGCCUCCCUGAGGAAGAAGAAAAUCACAAGGGAAAUCUUCAAAGAGCGGUGUCAGUGUCCUCCAUGUCUGAGUUCCAGCGCCUGAUGGAUGUUUCUCCAUUCCUGCCGGAGAAGGGCCGGCCAGCUGCCAGCAGCAAAGAGGACGUCACUCCACCCCUGUCACCCGACGAUCUCAAGUACAUAGAAGAAUUUAACCACAGGAGCUGGGACGAGAGACCCCUGGAGCCCUGGGCAGACAGGACCGAGGGAGGGCGGGAGGGGCAAGAGGGCAACGCACCUGAGCCUUUCACUGACUCCACCUGGUACCUCACCACAAGCGUCACCAUGACCACAGAUACCAUGACCAGCCCUGAACACUGCCAGAAACUGCCCCUGCGAAGCCAUGUUCGUACUGAGCCUUCGGGCUUGCGGGUGCUGCACAGCCCACCUGCCGUUCGCAGGGUGGACAGCAUUUCAGCCGGCUGCGAGGCCAAGGGACGCACAGAGCCCGACAGCCCAUUUCCUACGAGCAGGGCCCGAGGGGGCCUGGGGGAUGCCAAGGGAGGCCCAUCCGAACAUGUGCUCAGCAGGUGGCCCAGUGCCCCCUCUAGACAUCCAAGGGACUAUGUGGAGGGAGGGUUCCACUCCAUCGACGGUUCACUCUGCGCUCCCCUGGCCUUUGCCUCGCCUCUGCACAGCUUGGAGAUGUCCAAGAACAUGAGCGAUGACAUGAAGGAAGUGGCUUUCUCAGUCCGGAACUCCAUCUGCACGGGUCCCCCGCAGCCGCAGCUCAAGGACAUGGCCUGCCAGACCAACGUGUCCAGGAGCACAGGCACACAGACCACCCAGACCGUCAGCGUCGGCCUGCAGACCGAAGCCCUGCGUGGCAGCGCCGUCACCAGCAGCCCCCACAAGUGUCUCACUCCCAAGGCCGGAGGCGGUGCCACCCCUGCAUCGUCUCCUUCCCGCGGACUCAGGAGCAGGCAGGUGGCCCCCGCCAUCGAGAAGGUGCAGGCCAAGUUUGAGCGCACAUGCUGCUCCCCCAAGUAUGGCUCUCCAAAGCUGCAGCGCAAACCCGUCCCCAAAGCUGAGCAGCCCAUUGCAAGGACCUCCGUGGGGCUGGCCCAGAAAGGGUGCAGUGAGUCGGCCUGGGCGCGAUCCACCACCACGCGGGAGAGCCCGGUGCACACAGCCAUCACUGACGGCCUCUCCAGCCUCUUCAACAUCAUUGACCAUAGCCCCGUGGUCCAGGACCCCUUCCAGAAGGGCACUCGGGCCACCUGUCGUUCCCGCUCAGCAGAACCCCGGGCCGAACUUAACCCAGGCCCUGAGACAUGUCCCAGUUCCCGGGGUCGGUCACCCAGCCCCAUUGGGGUGGGCUCAGAGACGUGUAGAGAGGAGGGUGGGGAGGGCACACCCGUUCGGCAGGACUUGUCGGCGCCCCCAGGUUACACACUAGCUGAGAACGUGGCGCGCAUCCUCAACAAGAAGCUGUUGGAGCAUGCCUUAAAGGAGGAGCGGAGACCGAGCCUCCACGGCCCCCCGAGUUUGAGUCUUAACAGUGACAGCCACACAGAAACGGUUAAAGCUGAACCAGAGUCCAUGGAGAACCAAACUGUCUUACUAACCACCCCCUGGGGAUCUAGCCUGGCCUGCCUCACGCCGAACUACCUUGUUCCGCACUAGCUCCUUCCCUAGAACCCUGCUUCUCCAGGCCCGAAAGACCAGCAAACCGUCGACCUCCAUCCCGUUGGGCCCCACAUUCUCCCACUGCCUCACUGGCUCUGGUUCCUGGAGACCCAGCCUUAUUGGAGG